AUGGCCGAUGUAUCUCGAGGCCUUCGGCCUCUCGCACCGCGGACUUCCAUGGGAGGUAGCGGCGGGGGCGGUGCAGGAGGAGAAAGUCCAGGAGGAGGUGACGACAAAGACAGACGCAUGAAACGAGUAUCAACGGCCUGCACGGAGUGUCAAAAACGUCGCACGAGGUGCAGCGGUCAUCCUCUAUGCGAUGAAUGCAGAACUCAUAAUCGCGAGUGCAUUUUCGAUGAAGCCAACGACAGACGUCGCAAGGCCUCGGCGAAGAAAACGCAGGAUCAGUUGGAUUACUUCCGCACUCUCACCGACGAUCUCAUCAACACCAUCGGGAGUGAAGAUCUUGCGGCAGUCCAACUGAUUACCGACUCCAUCCGAUCUGGAGCCAACCAUGAACACCUGCGAGAUCUGCUUAACAGCAUCCUGCAGGUUCAUCAAAAUGAGUCUCAAAACGGGGAAGAGACCGAUUACCAGGGUUCCAAUCCGAACAUGUCUUACUAUAACCCCAACCAACCUCGCUGA